AUGAUUUAUAAUGCUUAUUAGCAGUAUCUAUUUAAAUAUAUUAUUUCUAAUUAAUAAAAAAUAUUUAUUGUUUCAUCCAUAUAACAUUUAAGCAAGUAAAACAAAACAAAAAAUAACAAUAAGAAGAUCAGACACAAAUUAACUAGCAAAAAAACAAACAAACAAACAUAAUCCUAUUAUACAAAUUUAAAGGCUUAAUAAAUAUUUGAAAUCCCUAUAAAAGAGCUUUAAAUAUUAAAAACAAGAACACAAUCAUCAACCUAAAUUAUACAAAAAAUAGAUAAAUAGUAAGUUAUGAGUACAACAAACGGCGUUCAUUAGCAGCAUCGCACUGGCUAAUAGUUCAUAGUUUAUCUAGACUAGAAUGGUUCAUUCCCAAAUUCUCACGAAAAGUAGUAUAUAGUACACGCAAAUGACUCAGUUACAAUUACUUUAGAUUCUAGCUGGCUUGAGCAGAAGACUCCUAUCCUGUUAACCAACUACCCAGAGUUUGAUAAGACCAAAAACUCAUAUAUUCAUCCUAUAGCCCCUGAGAUCACAGAAAGUUCAAGCAUGACUAUUUAAGAAUCUGAAUUGCUUAAAAAAUAUAAAAUAUUUACUGGAUUUUAUAAUUCAGAAGGUUCUUGGCAAGUAGACUUGCAAAUACAAGAUUUUGAUGGAUCUUUGUUUCUCCAGGUCAUUUUUAUUCAAGGUGAUUAUUUACCUGGCUAAAGAGAGCCUCUUACCAUUAAGAAUUUCGGAGCUCCUGAAUGGCUUAUGAUCUAGCCCAGGUUAACAGUUAAUAAAAAUCAGAUAGGAAUGGAUUAAAUAAUUAUUCAAACUGUUUUACCUUUUAGCUUAGGACAUUCAAGCAAAUGGUUAGAAAUACUUAGAACCCAGACUAAUUUAGGCUAUAAUGGUUUCCACUUCCCUCCCAUCUAAAAGCUUGGUUUCUCUGGCUCUUAUUAUUCAAUUAAUGACUAGCUCAAGCCCAAUCCUGAUUUAUUUGAUUAAAAUGAAAAGGAGCCCUUCGCAGCCAUGAAACAAAUUGUAAAUACAAUAGAAACAGAAAUGAACGCUCUCUCGUUCGUAGAUAUUUUACUUAACCACACAUCAUUCGAUAGUGAAUGGCUGCUUUAACUCCCUGAAGCAGUGUAUAAUCCUGAGAAUACUCCAUAAUUGGCUGUAGCUUUAUAACUUGAUGAAGCUAUCUAAAAUUUUAGUGAUAAACUAGCAACCCAUCAAGUAAAGGAGUACUACAAUGGUUCAAAUAGGAUAGAAAAUGAAGAACAGCUUAGCGUGUUGAUCGAAAUCAUGAAAACUAAAAUCUUCUAUGGCAUGAAGCUUGAAGAGUACUUCCUUUUGGAUAAACAAGCCAUUUCUACCAAGUUUUAGGAAGCAGUCAAAGGAAAAGGCCUAAAGUUAAUCUAAAAAGAGCAAGAUGUAGAUGACGAUGAAAAUAUCUUCUCAAGAUCUGGAUUCGAUAUCCUGAAUGCUUUCAUCAAGUAAAACACAAGUAGUUUAGGUUCUAAAAGAUAUGGAGCAACUCUUGACAUAAACAAGCUAAUAGAAACAGAGAUCUCCAAACAACCUACCCUCUUUUCAUUGGAGGCUUUCGAAAGAGCAUUAACCCAUUUUAAUUAAACAUGGAUGGAUCGUUUUUACGAAUAUACCAAUUAAGCUGUAGAGUCAACUAGAGGUUAAAUUCGCUAUUGGCAUAUAGAUCUAGGAAGAUUUGAAGUUACAAAUUAAUACUCACUUGUUCCUAGAUACUUUACUAAAAUGAGUAAUGGUAGAUACGCUGCUAACAAUGGUUGGAUUAUGAAUUAUGACCCAUUGAAGAACUUUGCAGAUGAUUAAGAAUUUCACUACUAUAGACGUACUAUUUGCAUUUGGGGAGAUUUGAUUAAGUUAAGGUAUGGUUCAAGCAAAAAGGAUUCACCAGGCUUAUGGAAACGCAUGAAAAAAUAUAUCUAAGAAAUGGCUAAAGUUUUCCAUGGUUUCCGUUUAGAUAACGCACAUAGCACUCCCCUUCAUGUUGGUGAAUAUUUUAUGAGAAAAGCUCGUAAUGUAAAUAAGAAUUUAAUGAUUUUUGCAGAAUUAUUCACUGGUAAUGGUGAGAAAGAUGCCAUUUUUUGUAAAAGAAUGGGUAUUAAUGCUCUUGUCCGUGAACUAAAUCAUAAUAGAAACCCAUUAGAUCUUUACCAUAACCUCCAUUGGUUAUCCAGAUCUUAGGAGUCUAGUGUUGGUUCAUUACCUCGUCUCUUUUAAUUUGACUUUAACUCAAAUCAAAAGAAAACCCAUUUAGUUCCAACAUAGACUAAGAGCAUUGUUUACGACUAAACUCAUGAUAAUGAGUCUACAUUAUCAAUUUUUUCCCAUUAGCAAACAGUUCCAUUAAUUGCAUUAACCUCAUUUAGUCAUUUCGUUCAAGGUACUGUGAGAGGUUUUGACGAAUUAUAUCCUGAAAAGCUCAGUGUAGUUUCGGAAAGAAGAAAGUACUAGUCAUAAUUAGAUUGCACAUAGACAGAAUUAGACAAUAUUCCUAUAGAAGUAGGUAUAGUGGCAACUCUUAAAUUUUCUACUGAAAGCAUAGAAAUUAAAGGUAGUUGGGACAAUUGGACAACAGGAAUUAAAAUGAAUCAUCACUCUGGUAAUCAUGAAACAGGAGUUUUCUAGUAUUUAGCUAAAUUCUAAGUUCCAUCUGCUAACACAAGCUACGAAUAUAAAUAUAUUAUUGACGGAAAAUGGAUAGCUGAUGAGACCAAGCCAAUUAAAAAUGAAAAUAACUACUUUGAUGUUCCUGAAAAUGCUAAUAAUCUAACUUACUAUAAUAACUUAUGUUUGCUCCGUAAAACAUUUAUUGAAAUUAACUAAACCCUAAACAAGCAUUAUCCUUUUAUUUUCUACUCUCAUUAUGACUAUGGAUUCUUAUCUGUUAUGAGAGAGACUUACUAGAAAGACUAAUACUAUUUCCUUAUCAGCAGAACUGCCUUAUGUGAAAACGAUUCUAAGGUCAAUGUAGAAAUAGAGUGUCCUGGAAUUAUUUAAUCAAUUGAAGGAAUAUAUAGUGCUAGUGAUUCAAUAGAUGUAGAUGGUAAUAGAGUUAAGAACCAUGAAAUAUUAACUGGCCUGAAAACCAAAAUAUAUAAAGAGUUCAAUCUUUUUAAGUAUGGUGAAUUGAAGUUUAAUUAGCAAACUAUGAAACAUACAAUUCACUUCUUCAAUGCUCCUCCAUCAUUAUCAAUUGUUAUUAAAUGUACUUUGCAUGCAACUUAAAAGCAAGGAAUUGAGAGAUUAAAUUAUAUGCUUCACCAUAUUCAAGAUGACGAAAUUUUAGCAUUGUAUAGGCCAUUAAAAACAGAAGAUAUAAAUUACCUCUUCUUCUCAUCUGAGCAAGAAGAGCAUGAGAGAAGUGGCUAUGGAAUGUUUAACAUUCCAAAUAAAGGAAAUUUAUUAUUUGGAGGUUUAGCAGGUGUAUUCAAAGAUGUCAAUGAAGCAUGUUUAUACAACGAUUUAGGCAAGCCUCUUUUUGUAAACUUGAGAGAAGGCUAUUGGUACUUAGACUAUAUCAUUAAUAGAUUGAAUAAAUAUGAGGGAAAUUUGACUUAAAUUACUGGAUACAUUUAAUCUUAUUUCGAUUUAUUAAAAGUAAUUCCUAAGUAUUUAAUUCCUCACUAUUUCAGUUAGUUCAUUUUGCAAAUUCAAUUGCAUGCUCAUAAAAUUACUGCCUCCAAAUUGAAAGGAGAAGCCCUCAAAUUAAGCUCUUCAUUCCACAAAAACCUACUAUUUGCAAAUUACUAAUUCUUGUCUGUACUUCCUUCAACUCAUUUCGAUGAAUAUUCGCUUUCAAUGGCUGCUGGUCUACCACACUUCACUACUGGAUGGGCUAGAUGCUGGGGAAGAGAUACAUUCAUUUCCUUGAGAGGUACUCUUUUGAUUCCAGGUUUGUACGAAGAGGCAAAGUCUAUAAUAUGUAUGUUUGCUUCGACUCUCAGACAUGGCUUAAUCCCUAACUUAUUAGAUAACGGAAAAAGCCCAAGAUAUAACUGUAGAGAUGCUUGCUGGUGGUUUGUAAAAGGUGUCAAAGACUAUAUUUAGUUUACAAAUGACACCUAAAUUUUAAAGAAAGAAAUUAAGAUGCGUUUCUUGAGUGAUGAUUUUAUGGAACAUUAUGAUAAGGAGAGCAAAGGAUAAGUUAAAAAAAUGCUAUUACAAGAUAUCAUCUUUGAAAUCUUCUAAAAGCAUGCCAAGGGAAUACAUUUUAGAGAGUGGAAAGCUGGUUGGGAAAUAGACUCAAAUAUGGAUACUGAAGGUUUCAACAUUCACUUAAAGCUUGAUGAAGUAACUGGUUUUAUUUUUGGUGGUAACAUGAGAAACUGUCUAACCUGGAUGGAUAAGAUGGGUUCUUCUACAAAGGCAGGCAAUAAAGGUAUUCCAGCAACUAGCAGAGAUGGAGCUCCUAUCGAAAUGACCGCAAUUUUAAAAUGUUGUUUAGAUUUUGUGAACAGCUGUCCUGAUUUCCCAUACAAAGAGGUGGAAACAGCUUCAGGAAAGAAAUUAACUUUUAGAUAAUGGGGAUCACUAAUAUCUGCAAACUUUGAAAAGUGCUAUUGGAUACCAAACAAGUUACCUAGCAUGGAUAAUAUGUCUGAUAAAUUAUUCAAAUACAUAACUAGAAAAGGUAUUUACAAAGACCUCUACAACUCAUCUAUUCCUCGUUGUGAUUUCUAGCUUAGACCAAAUGCAUGUAUCGCUAUUGCCUUGGCUCCAGAAUUAUUUACACCUCAAAAUGCUCUCUUCCAUCUUGCAACUGUCGAAGGUGUUCUUAUUGAUUAAAACAGCUUAGGUGUUAAAACUCUUGAUAAGCUUGCAUAAGAGUAUGUCCCAUAUUAUGACAAUUCUGAUGAUGGUAUUUAGCCAAAAACAGCUCAUGGAUUCUGCUACCAUAAUGGACCUGAAUGGGUAUGGAUGUAUGGUUAUUUCUUGAAGGCAUUACUAGAAAUCAAUAGAAAAGUUCCAUAAUUCACAAAAGAAAAAUUGAUGAGCUACUUAGCAAACCACAAGCGUCAUAUUAUUAAGAGCGAAUGGCUGUCUCUCCCUGAAAUGACUAAUCAAAAUGGUGAAUACAAUAAUUUCUCCUGCCAAAGUUAGGCAUGGUCAAUUGCAACUUUAGUAGAAGUUUGCUAUGACAGUAUUUAGCUUCCUGUUAAAACUCUUGCCAAGUGA